GGGCACCUUUAGUUGGGGUAGAUGGAAGGUUACUUGCAGUUAGGCCUAUCUUCCACCAGAGGUAAAAAGGAUGCCAUUUCCCAGUCUCAUCAGUUGCCAUCUCACUCUCCCUAGAUAUCGAUAUAUCGCCCUCGACCAACCACCCCCAAAAUGAGGCUCACCCCCUUCCUCCUUCCCCUCCCCGGAGUCGUAUCGUGGGGCCUUCUCGGCCAUCAAACCGUCGCCCUAGUUGCCCAAUCCUACCUUCUCCAGAAAACCGUGAUCGAGGUGCAAAGCUUACUGGAAGAUAGCUCGCUAACUUACAUGGCAAACGUAGCGAUCUGGGCAGACUCGUACCGAAACGAGCCCGGUGGAGGGUUCACUUUCGGCUACCACUUCGUGAAUGGGCAGGAUGGUCCCCCGCCAGAUUCCUGCAAGAUUGAGUAUCCAAAGGAUUGCCCACCUGAGGGGUGCAUUGUCAGUGCUAUUGCGAAUUAUGUGAGUGGGUCCUGAUAAAGGCGAGGAGAGGGAUAGGGCUGAUAGUGAUGGGUGUAGACGGAGAGACUGAUGGACAAGAAACUGGAGAGGGAGAGCAGAGCUGAGGCAUUGAGGUUUUUAAUUCACGUGAGAUCAAUUAAGGCCCUAUAUAUGGGUAUCAAGGCUAAUCGCUAUAUAGUUCAUCGGUGAUAUCACCCAACCAUGUAAUCUAUCCCUUGCCCCUAUCGUACAUACCCCAAUGUCACAACGGCUAACAAAAAAAGUGCACACAGAAGCCUUCGGUGCUGGCGCGAACAGUAUCUUGGUGUACUUCGCCGGAAAGCCGACAAAUCUCCAUGCAGCCUGGGAUACGUCCAUCCCCAACAAAAUCAUCAAUACUACAUCUCCCACAACCCUCGAAUCCCUCGGUUGGGCAAAUGCCAUUUCCUCACUAAUAAACGUAGGCCCCUACAAGCGACAGCUAGGCAGUUGGGUGUGCAGCCUGGAUACGGAGGGGGAUAGCCCGGAGAAGUGUGCUGCUGACUGGGCUGUGGACUCCAACGAGCUUGUUUGCGAGUAUGCUAUUGAUGUUUCCCCUGAGGAGCUUAAUGGGACUGAGAUUUCCGGGGAGUAUUACGAUGGGGCAGUACCCAUUGUUGUUGAGCAGAUCGCUAAAGGGGGGGUUAGGUUGGCGGGUUGGUUGAACUUGAUAUUUGAAGGCAAGACGGGGUUUUAA